CUUAGUGGAUGUUUAAUUAGUUUGUGACGAUGUAUUUUAUCAAAAGCGAAAAUGAAACUUUCUCACCUGAGCUUACGAAAGUUUUGAUGAAUCCUUUGCAGUCAUACAACAGUGAUUUGUUAAAUUAUUUCUCUCAUACCAAAUAUUCACAAAAUCACAUGUUUGAUAAUAGUUUGAUGGAUUUUGAUUUUGGAAGUAAUGAAGUUGGGGCAAGUUCCUCUCAUCAAAACUUUCAAGAUUAUUUUUCGUAUCAGAGGAAUUAUUACAGACAAGAUUUGGUGGAAACUGAGAGAAAAUUUUUGGGAAAUGAUUACACGAAUUUUGAGACAGGUUUAGGACAAUUGGAUUUUCAAAACGAGUCGUCCACUUGUUUGCUACAUGACUCAGCGAAAGAAGCUUAUCUUGAUGACACCUUAGACAUACACAAUUCAUCUUAUUCAGACAAUUCAGCAGAUACAAAAAAUGCAGACGUGAACAAAUCCGUACGAAAGGAACGCACGGCUUUCACAAAAAAUCAAAUCAAGGAAUUGGAAAAUGAAUUCGCCCAUUCUAAUUAUUUAACACGUUUGAGGCGUUACGAAAUUGCUGUUGCAUUGGAUUUGACUGAACGACAAAUAAAAGUUUGGUUCCAAAAUAGACGAAUGAAGUGGAAAAGAACAAAAGGAGGUGAUCCAAACACUUUUAGAGGAAAGUCCAAAAGAAGAAUGUAACAAAAUUGCUUUCAUCUCAUACUUUUAUUUGUAGUUUUUUAAUAAAUACGCAAAUUUUUAAUGUGAAA